GAGGGCGCUACAACACUCGACAAAAUGGCUCUUCCAUGUAAACUCCGUUUUGCUCAAAAGAUCCUCCCGGGUGCCUUUGUCAGGAGAUGUCUGAGUACUUCUUCACCGGCUUCGGGCCAGAUGACCGUCAGAGAUGCCCUGAACUCGGCCCUUGAUGAGGAGAUUGCUAGGGAUGAGAAGGUCCUCUUGAUGGGUGAGGAGGUGGCCCUCUAUGAUGGUGCCUACAAAGUCUCCAAGGGUCUCCAUGCUAAAUAUGGUGAUAAGAGGGUAAUUGAUACACCCAUCACUGAGAUGGGAUUUGCUGGCAUUGCUACAGGAGCUGCAAUGGCUGGUUUGAGACCUGUAUGUGAGUUCAUGACAUUCAACUUUGCUAUGCAAGCCAUUGAUCAGGUGAUCAACUCAGCAGGAAAGACUUUCUACAUGUCAGCUGGUGCUGUUCCAGUACCCAUUGUAUUCCGAGGUCCUAACGGUGCAGCAAUGGGUGUCGCAGCUCAGCAUUCUCAAUGCUUUGCAGCAUGGUAUGGCCAUGUACCAGGACUCAAGGUCAUCAGCCCUUUCUCAUCUGAAGACUGCAAGGGACUCCUCAAGGCUGCUAUCAGAGACGAUAACCCAGUUGUAUUCCUUGAGAAUGAGCUCUUGUAUGGUCGACCAUUCGAGAUGUCAGAAGAAGCGAUGCAGGAUGACUUUGUGCUACCGAUCGGAAAGGCCAAGAUUGAGAAGGAAGGAUCACAUGUGACGCUUGUUGCUCACAGUAUGGGUGUGCUGAGAUCACUGGAGGCUGCACAGAUUCUAGCUGAAGAUGGAAUUUCUUGUGAGGUGAUCAACUUGCGAACCAUCAGACCUAUGGACGAGGCAGCCAUCUUCAACUCUGUGAAGAAAACCAACCAUCUUGUCACUGUGGAGGGAGGCUGGCCACAGUUUGGGGUCGGAGCAGAAAUCAUCGCAAAAGUCAUGGAAAGUGAUGCAUUUGAUUAUUUGGAUGCACCUGUCGUGAGAGUCACAGGAGCUGAUGUACCCAUGCCCUAUGCAGCCUCAUUGGAACAAGCUAGUCUUCCUCAAGUCUCUAACAUUGUUAAUUCUGUGAAGAGGAUAUUGAAUGUAGGAGCUGAACAGGGGCAAAUGAAAAGUUAACAGAAUAUAUUAUAAAUAUAAGUUGAAUAUGAUAUAAUCAUGAAAUUAUUUUAUUGGAACUCUUUGAGUUCACUAUUUACUGUGCAAGACCUAAGUAGAUUGGGAAUAAGCUGUUGUAUUUAAUGAGCCCUUCCCAACUAUGUCUUUGAGACAGUGUUGUUGGAUCUAAGCUGAUAUGUAUCUAGAGAAGAUCUGUGAAAAGUUUAUGGUAUAUUCUUGAAACUAUGAGGUAUAAGGGAAGCAAAGAGGUUUGUGGGGUCUGAAUAUUCUUUGUAUUAUUUCUGUUCUCCUUCUUCCUCGACCAUGGAUAUGCCCUGGCUAUAAAGACUGUCACAUGUAUAAUCAAAGAAACAGUGUUUUAUUUUACAGAGUGAUUAUGCAGGAAUAGAUUUAUGGACAAACGAUGUACUCCCACCAUAAUACCAGAAUUCAUUGAAAUCAAUCGUAACUGCAUGGCUCUUCACAGUGUGUAAUGCCACAUUGUUCUGAAGAAAGUGUUUAUAUGUUGUUCACACUUUUGUGGUUAGCCUCCUCUUGUACUUGUAUUUCCACUACAUCAGAUGACAUGGUUUCUGUUUGCAGACGUGUCUAUACUUUAUUCAAGUUCAUACACCUUUCUAACCCUGGCCCUUUUAUUAAGUAAUUUUGAUUUUUUAUUUUUUUUUAUUAAUGAUAACACAGUCCUCAAAAAUUACGACUCCGUUCUUAUUGAUAGUGUUUGUGUAUUCACCAGUUUGGCAGGUAAAGAAUGUUUUAUCCAGCAAGUUGUAAUGUGCAUGUAUUUAUCUAUAGUUCUAUAAAUACAACAUUCAGAUAUUUGUUUUUAUGGUAACUUAUGUCAAAUCGUAGAGUACAUGUAUUUGUUCCUUGUACAGGGAAUCCGUUUUGAUUCACUUCCUUAAAGCUAUUCAAAAUGCUGUGAAUUUCCAGAUAAUUGAAGUGGAAUUCAAUAGAAAAUCAAAUUUCAUGAUAUUGCAUUACAUUAUCUGUCUUUUGUGCUCCAAGUAACUAGUGCAUUUGUUCUCAGAUUUGCCUGUGCUUACUGUACACAUAUUCAAUGGAUGUCAUUGUACAACUGUUGUGGCUUGUUUCUAUAACAUUUUUGUUUUUUAGAAUGGAAAGUGAAAUGUGGUUUAGUUGACCACUAGCUCUUGCAGUGUAUAAUGCAGACUUGAUCUAUAAGUGUUGUGUUUCAAUUAUAGUGGUAAAAACAUACUCUGUAAAGUCUGUAUAGCCCUGCUGUAUUUUCUACAAGUACUGCCAUCCCUGCUAUUGAUUUCAUAAGAAUUUAGCCACUGAAAAUGGAAUAAUCUAACGGAAUGGCCAUAGUUUAUACUUAUAAUAUGGUUUCAUAAUUAUGGUAAUUUUUUAAUGCUUUCUCACUGUUACCCAUUUUGUAUUAGAUAUAAUACAGAAUAUCAGAAUUGUGGGGAGACAUGAGAAAAAAACAACAACAGGGUUUGCCCCAGUUUGCCAAAUAUGAUGUGGACAACAUAGCAAGGAAGAAUAAAAGAAUGAACACACAUGGUAUGUGAUUGUGUUUUAAUAAAAAACUUUAAACAGAA